UAUAAAGCAAACAAGAAGAACGGUUUUGACUUGGUGGUGUCACCGCAUCUGGAGAAACGAGGUGAAAGUUAAUGUUUAAAUAGUAAUAUUUGGAGAGGUCCAGUUUUCAUGCAGUGGUAUUAAGAUGAUUUUGUAAUGCUUUGUCGUCGAACGUCUCCCUUUAAGAGGUGCACCGGUGUGUGUUUGCUUUGACUUGUUAGCGACUGAUAGAGAUGGAUAAUCAAAUCAGUUUGACUGAUGACCCCAGGCCAGAAGACACAAAGAGCGAUGUUCAACAAACUGAUGCAAAAGGAGAGCUUCAAACGUCCGAUCAAGCUAAAGACCACACACCAUCAGAGAACACACCCGAUGGCCUGGCUAUUCUAAAUUCGGCAGACUGUGUGUCUGCAGGUGUAGGGGAUGAAUCGGUCACUUCUGAAAGCAGAAGUGACCAAGCUCACAACAGCAAUGGACAGAAAUCGAGGCGAGCCAGUUCACCCGGUCCUCACCCAGUUAAAACAUCCUGCGUUGCCGCACACAUGUCAAAUCCAAAACUCACCCGUUGUCUUAGUCCCAGGAAAAUUUCUGGAACACCUAAUGAUGUGGAAAUGCUGAGCCCUGACAGUCCCUCGUGUGAUAGUGUGGUCAACAGUCUAUCGGAUUGUUGUGAUGGUCCGGUUGGCUGUGCGGAGGACUCUGCAAAGGAUCCGGGUAUAAAAUCUCCACAGGUUGUGAAAGAUUCCGACUCUGGAAGUUUGACUCAGGAAAAAGUCUGUCCUGUCACCACAAGCACCGAAGAAGAAGAUGUGGAGAUGGGGGAGUGCAGCGGCUUAUCUGAUAUGAGUCAGGACUUAAUUGAGAGCCAGCCAGAUGCGAUUAGUAAAAGUUUUCAGUGUAACUUGGACAAAGCAUGGCUGGGGACUCCCAUAGAUGAGCUCAACAGAAAACCUCAAUGCGCUCCACCUCUGUCUCACCUAAAAGCAACGCCAAAUCAUACUGUCACAAUUAGGACAGAUCUCCUCAGAGAGGGAGAAGUACCCAUCCCAUACCCCUCCAAGUUCAGAGAUGUGUGGGAUGAUUUGUCCGUUAAGAUGCCCUGCUCUGAAAAAAAUCUGUUUCCUUUGGAGACUGAGGAUGGAAGUGGUUUCCAGAGUCGGUGGGAACUGAUCCAUACUGCCUUACACAGAGGAUUCAAAAGUUGUCUGGAUGUCAGGGAUGCAAUACUGAGGUACAACACGGCCCAUGCAAAAAAGUGGGACUUUACUGCCUUGAACCUUUUUUGCACAGAGUAUCUUGAGCUUUGUGAGCUGCAACAGCUGUUUGAGGGCAUACUACCUGAUAUGGUCGAGCUCGCACUUAGUGCACCUCGCCUCUGCACAAUGCCAAUUCCUUUACUUAAGUCGGGUAUGAACCAUUCCCUGACUCUGUCUCAGGAGCAAAUAGCCUGUCUUUUGGCCAACGCCUUCUUCUGCACAUUCCCUCGACGCAACUCCCGCAAGUCGGAGUACUGCAACUAUCCUGAAAUCAACUUCUACAGGUUGUUUGAAGGCUCUUCUCCUAGAAAGAUUGAAAAGUUAAAAACCCUGCUGUGUUACUUCAGGAGAGUUACUGAAACAAGACCUAAUGGUCUUGUUACAUUCACAAGACAAACUCUUACCAGUCCACCAGACUGGGAAAGUUCUCUGACUCAGCUGAAGCGCCUACAUAUUACUUGUAAGGGGACAAUUGAGGAUGAUGGAUACGGGAUGCUUCAGGUUGACUUUGCAAACAGGUAUGUAGGAGGCGGAGUCACAGGACAGGGACUGGUCCAGGAGGAGAUCCGGUUCCUCAUCAACACAGAGCUCAUUGUUUCUCGUCUCUUUACUGAAGCUCUGGAACACAAUGAAUGCCUCAUUAUAACAGGAACUGAACAAUACAGUAAAUAUUCUGGUUAUGCCGAGAGCUACAAGUGGCAGAAAAGCUACAAAGACGAGACGCCAAGGGAUGACUGGCAGAGAAGGUGUACAGAGAUUGUGGCCAUUGAUGCUGUUAAAUACAGACACUUCCUGGAACAGUUUGUUCCUGAGAAGAUUACCAGGGAACUGAACAAGGCAUAUUGCGGAUUUUAUCGAAGCAAAAUUAACAUCAAGCACCUCCCUGCUGUAGCCACUGGCAACUGGGGCUGUGGAGCCUUUGGUGGAGACACACGCCUGAAAGCUCUGAUCCAGCUGAUGGCAGCUGCCGAGGCCGGGAGAGAUGUCGCAUACUUCACAUUUGGAGAUGCUCAGCUUAUGAGAGACGUUCAUGAAAUGCACACGUUCCUCACUGAAAGGAGAGUUACAGUUGGACAGCUGUACAGCCUCUUCAUCCAGUACUUCAACGAAGAGUGCAAGAACUGUCGCACAACGCGCCCCCACGUCACUCUCUACAGUUUCAUCUUUGAAAAAGUCUCUGCUCCUGCAGCGUCCAACCCUGAGCAGGAUUCUAGGAUGCCACAUGUGACACCAGAACCUCAAUAACAAGCCAAGAACUGCAACUUAAACUUUGUUCCACUUUAUGUGUCUGCGAGACAAAAUACAGCUCAGUAUUUGACUCGGAGGUGCUUAAAAUCACCUUUUCACACACACACACACCCAGACUCCCUUUAGGUUUGUGGUUCUGACACAAGCUACCAAAGCAGGGUUUUGUCUGUUUGCUGGUGGUAUUAUCGGAGCCUCGUAUUGUGACACCACGUCUGGUGAAAGGUUUAUGAAACUAAUAGCAAUAGUGAAUCCUUGUUGCUCUUUGAGGCCUUUGUUUUCUUAAGUGCGAUCUAUUUUUUUUCUUCUUUAACACCAAUUACAGAUAUGGCCAAAUAUCCGUCAUAUGCAUGAUUGUGGUAAAGCUUCACCGUUGAACUGCAGAAAUUACUGUAGUAAUUUCCCCAGUUUUUUUUUCUUGCAUUUCAUUGUUUUUAUUUUUGAACAGUUUUGUCUCCUCUGGUUCCUUGAAUGCAGAGAGAAUGAGAUGCUGUACUGUAGUCUAUGCAUGGAAAACAUUUAUUUAUCACAUAUUCUCCAGAUGUUUGCUGCUCUUUUAUAUACUCUGUGGCUGUAAGACCCCACAUAUUGUCUUUAAGGCUUGUUUCAAAUCGUCACAACCAUAAUCACUACCGCCAGAAUCAUCUCAGAUGGAAUAUACAGGAAAUGAAUGGUCACUGUCAUCGUUGGCCUUUAUUGCUGAAUAACUUUAUAGUUAUUAAAUAUAAUCAGUGCUAAGCACAGUAUUAUCACUGUAUUUACUUAUAGAUUGUGAACAGAUAAUGAAACGCACGAAAGUCAUUAUUUUUUAUCAAAGUUUUUACUCAAUGUUUGGUUUGAUGUGGUUAUGGUAUUUUAUUAUUUACAGUAUUUUCUUACAGUUUGACUGGAUGAUUGGCUUGGACAAAAAAAAUUGGGAUUUAAAUAUGCUGAAUGUUGUAUUUUAGGUUGUAAUAUUUUUAUCAUUUCUUAAUUAAAACAUCCCAAUAAAUGAGUAUUUCUUUGUUGAGAUUUAUACCGUUUGUAAGCGACGACAAAGAAUCAACAUUUUAAAAAUGAGCUGUGUUUAAGAUGUAAUUUUCCUCUUUGGAAUCAUUUUACAAACGCAGGGCAGUGGUAAAGUAUUUUGUAGCCUAUGAACAUUUCAGUGUAUUGCCAUGUUAAACUACAAAGUGAAUUGUGUUUUUGGGAAUACUUUUACAAUGUUCUGGGACAUGGACAGAUCAAUUUAUCUUUAUGUAUAUUUGGACAUUUUUGUAGAUCGCAUGGCAAAUUAUUUUUAUUGGGGAAAAAAAAUCUCUACUUUUUUUUUUUUCCAUUGAACAAUGAAAAAUAGUCUAAAUAGUAAAAUAAAACAAAUAUUACUAGCAUCUUUACCCCAAUUCAACACCAAAUUCUACAUUUAAUCUUUUCUGCAGCCUCAAAAUUAUUAAAUGCCCUAAAGAAAAAUUUUUUAAUUGAAGCUCGCUUUUGCGAAUCAGGUGUAAUCUCAGGCACAUCUGAUGGAGGUUUUCAUUAGUUACAUCAGAUGUGCUUGAGACAAAUAUUUCAAAAAUAAUGACGUUUUGAUGCUCCUUAGAAAUAACUUGGUUGAAAUGGUCAAAUCAGUUCAGGCAAAGUUUGUUGCCUUUCACCAACAAGUAAAAGGAUUUU